ACGGCGCGCGUACGUUAGGUCUCGCGGAAUCGUACGUUAGGUCUCGUUGCCAUGGCGAUAAGAACGAAAACAUCGACGCGUCAACAACGCUUCAUAUUUCAUACUCUCCUUCGCUGUUGCGUCGCGCGUAGGAAAGCAAGGUAGAGAAAAACAAAGAAACGAUAAAGAAAAAACUAUUCGAGCAUCGGUUUUGGCAUAGCGCCAUACUUCUCCGAUGGAUCUUGAAAGAGCAGGGAACGAAAGGCAAAUGGAAAGACCGGUGACCCGUUGGCGCCGUGAGACGCUCGACAAGGCCGCGAAAAAGAUCGAAAGCAACGAAAUCGAGAGACCGACGUCUAGAAGAGGGAUCAAGGAGGAGCUCGAGGAGUACGGUAGUUUUCGAUCCGCGACUCCUGCGGCCCGAAACGCGCCGUUGGCCGUCAGGGCACCCUCGGCCUCUAUCUCGGGUUUGUCUCGUUUGAAUACGGGACUGUCGAUGCCCGGUCUGGAAAGGCCCAUCACCCAGCACGGAAUCGCCUCUAUCCGACCCGGGACUGGCAGAGGCACGUCGAUGACAAGACAAGUUCAGGACAAAAGGUAUUACGAGGGACUCGUACAAUUGAAAAUGCGAGAAUUAUCGCAAGAGAUGGCGGCUAUCCUACGGGACAUCGAUAUGCAGAACAAGGAAAGGGCCACUAUAUUGCAUUACGAUAAAAGGGCGAAGGAUCUGGCAGGCGAAUUAACGGCGUUGCAGGGAGAACUCGCCGAUUAUAACAUCGUCGUCGACAAAAUGAGCUCGAACGUUGAAAAGGAGUCGGUGGAUCAAGAGGCCAAAGAGCUCUUCUCGAAAAACGAACGGUCCAUGGCCGAGAUAGAGGAUAUGUUCGAGCGCAGGCAAGAAAUGGAGCAACGAUCGCGCAGAACGGAGAAGGAAAUAGAAACGGAGAGGGAACGUACGGAAAAAUUGGUCGAGAUGAUGGAUCCAGCUGCGAGAGAAAGAUACGAGAAACUGCGCAAGGAAAAGGUUCGAGUCGAGGGAACGAUCGCCGGUAUGCAGGAAGAACUCGAGGAAUUGUCGAGGGAACAGGACCAUUUCGAGGAACAAAUGGCGCUCUCUCCUUUGAAACAGGAAGCCGUCAAGUUACACGUUAAGACGAUGGACGCCGAGUACAAGAGGGACAAACUGAGGGAGGAAGAGAGGAACAGGUUGUCGCCUGAGAAAGAGAGGGAGCAAUUACUGGUAAAGAUCAAACAAGAUAAUAUGGACAUGGCUGCCGCGGAGGCGCAACUCGCGAGUAAAAAGAAACGUCUGGCCGAGGUGGAGAUGGAAUUGGAACGUUUGGAGACGGAUUUGGAGGAUGGUAAAACCGACAAACAAACGAAAUACAAAGAGCUGCGAAAGCGGGAGGAAGUUAUGGAGCAAUUCGCUGCCACCUUUGACGAAAAUAAAGCCGAAGAAAUGGAAAGGAUAAGGAAAUUGGAGGUAUCGAUCGUCGAGUACUUGGAAAGGAUAUCGAAUGCCGGUGGGACCGGCGAUAGGAAUUUAACGAGGACCGAGGAGUCCUUGAUUCUAGAUAACUCCAACUACGACGGUUAUUACGACAUCGAGCGUACGCCGAACGAUCGAAGUUUCCAAGUGCUAAGCAACGAUUACAUCGAUUUAAAGGAGACAUUGCGCAAGUUGGAAAUAUUAGAGAAUAAAUUGAGAUCGGAGAUCGGCGACGAACGAACGCACGGCAGGGAUCAUGAAUCGACCCGAUCGGAAGAUUUCGAUGGAUUUGUUAAAGCGAAUUAUCGAAUGACACGCGAGGACGCCAAUGUUGAAUAUAAAAAGCUGAUGGACGAGCGAACGAUCAGCGAGGAAGAAUUGAAAACCGUCAACGACGAUUACGACCGGAUCAAGGCGCGUUUCAACGAAAAUAGAAUUUUUCUCGAGGUCGAGGCGCUUGAGAGAAAAUUGCUCGAUUUGAAGGAAGAAAAUAAGAAGAGCAAUGACUCGAUUCUGCGACAAAAAGAACAGGUUGAUUUUCUACCGCGUAAACAGGAGGCCUUGAAGUUGAUGAAAGAAUACGGUACGAUGCUCGAAGAAAAUUCCAAAACUCUUUAUUGA